AUGUCACGUGAGCACUUUGGAAUUUGUGACUGAGAUUGACAGUCCCUCCAGCCAAUUACAGUAUGUAUUCUCCAAUAGGAACCAAUCAACAACCAGAAGUCCGCAUGGCUCUGCAUGGAUGGAAUCAGCUUGCAUCGAGUGGAAGCGACUGUAUUGAAAAGUUAGUAUUUGAUGUGGCUAGUUAUGUAUUUGAAAGAAAAAAACAAUUGUUCUUAGACCUAUUGCCUAGAAUUGCAAAUGGAUACAUAAUACACUAUUAGACGAGUUUUCCUAUGGGAUGCGCACGGGCAUAGCUGAGCUCCAUUUGACUGCUGGUUGGAGAGCGUGCAUGAGAGAUCAGCCCCUGGCUAACAUGGACGUGGAAGACUUCCCACCCCCUCCACCUGAAAUGUUGGCGGACGGCGGCGACGAAGACGAGGGGGAGGCCUUCGAGUUUGAGGACAGCGGCGAUGAGGUCACCGGGGCUGACCUGCCGCCCCCCGCCCCGGAAGCCUCCGGCGCCCCCGCCCACACCCCCUCGGAUGUCGCGGUGGCGGCGGGACGGGUCAAGGGUCCCGCGGAACCGCCCCCGGCCAGCGCGCCAGAGGACACCCCACCGGUCACGGCGAGGACCGCGUCCAUCGCCAAGGGGGCCCUCGGGGAGGACGGAGAUCUCCCGCUUCCCCCGCCCCCAGCGGAGGAGGUCGGCAGAACAGGGGGCCCUGACCUGCCCUUUGAUGACGCCGCCCUCCCGGGGGCCCCUGGCCCCGUCCCCCGGGGCAAGGUCAACCCCUACUCUGUCAUCGACAUCACCCCGCUCCAAGUGCAGCAGCUGGAGCAGCCGCGUGGCUCCGCCCCUUCCUCCCCACCAGGCUCCGCCCCUUCCUCUCCAUCCGGCCCCGCCCCUUCCUGUCGGACUGACCCCCUGGAGCGCGCGGCGCCGGUUGUGCCGGGAGCAGCGCCGGCGGAGACCCAGGAGGGUCCCGGCGGCCCCCGUGACGUCUCCCCGGGUUACGCCAUCCCGGUGCCGUGCGGCUACGCCACCCCGUCUGGCGUGCCGCUCAUCACGCCCACCUACACCACGCCGGUCAUCAUCCGCCACCUCUCCAUGGACGAGGAAGUCACAGUGAUGGCGACUGGAAACCCCUCUGUUGACAGUGUUUUUAGUGAGGACCCCCCCCCACCCAUCAUAGAGGAGGACGCGCUGACCAAAUGGGUGUCCGACCCCGCCAACACUGCCUGGAUGGAAAAUCCAGAUGAGGUGAUCUACGAUGACGUGCCCAGGGAGAACUCAGACUCCAACACAGACCCAGACGACAUGAUCUACGACGACGUGGAGCUGGGGGAGGACGGCGGCGGCGGCAGCUCGCUGGACGCCGGCUGGAGCUCCAGCGAGUUCGAGAGCUACGACGAGGCCAGCGACGGCGAGGGCCGCCCCGAGAACGGCAUGCCCCACGCCUUCAUGAGGGGCAAGCCCCCGCAGAGGAAGACCCACCUCUCUCAAGAUCUGACACGCUUGAAAGAACACUAUGAGAAAAAGAUGAAAGAUCUUAUGGCAAACACAGUGGGAACGGUAGAGCUGCAGCAGCUCAAGCAGAGGCACGAGCAGAAGAUGCAAAAGCUGGUGAAGGCUGCCAGGGAAGGCACCAAAGACGGACUGGAGAAGACCAAAGCAGCGGUUAAAAAAGGACGCUCUUACAUCAAGACCAAGUCCUUCUGUAACGAGAGGAAGUCUGCCUUCUUUGAGGACGAGGAGACGGACCUCUUCAUCGAAGUGGACUGUUUCAACGUGGAGCCGGUGUUGGGGCCCGCCCCCGAGGGCCUGUCGCAGCAGCAGCUGGUGAGACGGUGUAUAUUGGGAUCGAUACUGGAGAGUGAGAAGAACUAUCUGGACGCCCUGAAGAGGAUAUUAGAGCAGUACGAGAAGCCACUGUUGGAGGUUGAGCCGAGACUACUGAGUGACAGGAAGCUGAAGAUGAUCUUCUACCGGGUGCGGGAGAUCCUCCAGUGCCACUUCCUCUUCCAGAUCGCCCUGGCCAGCCGCGUGGCGGAUUGGGACAACCUGGAGAUGAUCGGAGACGUCUUCGUGGCGUCGUUUUCCAAGUCCAUGGUGCUGGACGCUUACAGCGAGUACGUCAACAACUUCAGCACAGCCAUGGCCGUGGUGAGGAAGACGUGCGCCGCAAAGCCCAGCUUCCUGGACUUCCUCAAGCUUCGUCAGGAGACCAGCGGGGACCGCGUCACUCUGUACGGCCUGAUGAUGAAGCCCAUCCAGAGGUUCCCUCAGUUCAUCCUGCUGCUCCAGGACAUGCUGAAGAACACCCCGGUGGGCCACGGCGACCGGCUGCCCCUGCAGAUGGCGCUGACGGAGCUGGAGACGCUGGCGGAGAAGCUGAACGAGAAGAAGAGGGAGGCAGACCAGCGCUGUGAGAUCAGACACAUCGCCAAAGCCAUGAACGAGCGCUACCUCAACAAGCUCCUGAGCAACGGCAGCCGUCACCUGAUCCGCUCCGACGACAUGGUGGAGACGGUUUACAACGAGCGCGGCGAGAUCAUCAAAACCAAGGAGCGACGCCUCUUCCUGCUCAACGACGUGCUGAUGUGCGCCACGCCAAACAUCCGAUGCAGCCAGGACGGCAGCGGGGGCGGGGCCAUCGGCAAUGCCCCCCCGGGACACAAGUUCCUGCUGAAGUGGAGCGUCCCCCUGGGCCUGGUGGACGUGGUGGAGUUCGGCUCCAGCGAGGACGUGCCCGACACGGGCCGCCACCCCGCGGCCCAGCACCACUCCGGGGAGAAGGUGGUCAUCAACGCUAAGCCAAGCAAGCUGUACAUGGGACCAGGCCAGCUGUACCAGGACCUGCAGAACCUCAUCCACGACCUCAGCCUGGUCAACCAGAUCUCCAGCAUGAUCGGCAGCCUCAAGGGAAUCUAUCAGAACGUGAACCCCGCAGUGGCCCAGGACUGGAUGUCGGGGCUCCAGAGGCUGAUCCUGAAGAAGGAGGAGGAGAUCCGGGCGGCCGACCGCUGCAGGAUCCAGCUGCAGCUGCCCGGGAAACACGACAAGACGGGCAAACCGACGUACUUCAGCGCCGUGUUCAACACCUUCAGCCCGGCCAUCAAACAGUCGUGGAUCAGCAACCUGCAGAUGGCCAAGCUGGCGCUAGAGGAGGACAACUUGCAGGGCUGGUACUUUGCUGAGGAUGAUGUGAGUCAGAUCAAGAGGCAGAAACAUCCUCUGCUGCUCCGGCAGAUGCCAGUGGUCAUGUCCAAGCUGCAGGAGUUCAAGGUGGAGUGUGCAGUCCACAACCCCGAGCCCCACGUCAACACGGAGAGCACAGCGGACAGCCCCGCCCUGGGCCAUGGCUGUGUCUGGGUGGCCAGCUGCACCAACCAGAUGGGCCAGAUAGCCAUCGUGGCCAUGCAGAGCUCCAACCCCAAGGUGACCGAGUGCUUCAACGUGGAGUCCCGCAUCCUCUGCAUGGCCUACGUCCCGGCCGAGCCGCCGACCCAGCAGAACGGGGACGCGCCCCGCGAGGGGGUCCACCACCACGGCCCCCCGGGGAGGGCCAGCGACACCCCCACCGUCUGCCUGGGCAUGGAGGAGGGCAGCAUCGUCGUGUACAAGAGCAGCCAGCGCUCCAAGAAGGUCCGCCUGCAGCACUUCUUCACCCCGGAGAAGUCCACCGUCACCAGCCUGGUCCACAGGGGGCGCUGUCUCUACGCCGGCCUGGUCACCGGCUCCGUGGCCAUCUACUCCAGACAACAAGACGGCCUGUGGAGCUGGGAGCAGCCCAGCGUGCUGAACCUGGGGGUGCUGCCCAUCAAGGCCAUGCUGGCGGUGGAGGAGCACGUGUGGGUGUCCUGCGGGGGUCACGUCUUCAUCGUCAGCACCCACACACACUCUGUGGAGAGGCAGCUGGAGGCCCACCAGGAGGAGGGCAUGGUGGUCUCCCACAUGGUGGUAGCCGGCGUGGGCAUCUGGAUCGCCUUCAGCUCGGGCUCCACGCUGCGCCUCUUCCACACGGAGACCCUGGAGCACCUGCAGGACAUCAACAUCGCCACGCCCGUCCACAACCUCCUGGCCGGGACCCAGAGGGUGACGGUGAGCAGUCUGCUGGUGUGCUACGGCCUGCUGCUGGUGGGCACCAACCUGGGGAUGACCGUGGCCCUCUCGGUGCCCAGACUCCAGGGCAUCCCCAAGGUGACAGGCCGCGGCAUGGUGUCCUUCCACGCCCACCACGGACCCGUCCGCUUCCUCACCAUGGCCGCCGCCGUGUGCAACCGCACGUCCGGCGACCAGCCCGCCGCCCCCGCCCCCACCCCCGGGGAGACGAGCGGGGAGUCCCCGGAGCCCGGCGCCACCCCCACCGGCCAGCAGCAGCAGCAGCAGCAGCAGCGGCGAGGAGGCGGAGGCGUGUGGCUGGGCGAGGCGGGCUGCACCGCCAUGGCCCUGCAGGACUCGCUCUCCAGCUCGUCCUGCGGCAGCCUGGCGCCGUCGCAGGGCUCCCUGGAGCACGGGCCCGAGGACGGGGCCCUGUACGACCUGCUGCACGACCCGGCCCAGCAGCAGCACCAGAGGGGCCGCGGCCCCGCCAGCAAGGUGGACGUCAGCUCGCUGCUGGUGGUCUCCGGGGGGCUAGGCCACCGCAGGGUCAACAGGAAGAGCAAGGCCCCGCGCCACGAGGACAGCGCCUCCACCGUCAUGGUGUGGCAGAUCCCCCUGCUCAACAUGUGACCACGUCAGCAGCAGCAGCAGGGGCCGGGGUCCGGUGAGACGGGGCCUCAGUAGUUCACCAACGGAUCAAUAGCCCGAGGACAAAGGUUGCCUUCAAAGGUUGCACUUGUGUAGACCUGUUGAGGUCUUUUGUUGAAGAAAGAAAUGCCUGAACGCCUGCUGUCCUCUCUGAUUUUUGAAUCAAUCCGUUUAUUCUUUCAACAGUAUGACAUUGGGCCUUCCACAAGGUUCCCAGUGGUAGCACGAACGGAUGUCCUCAUAGACGUACACGCAUCCACAUGCACAUGGCCCUUGCACGGGGCCAAAGGGAGCUCAAUAAAACCACUUAAUCAUGCGGAAGAGUGCUACCGGUGGACAUUUUAUCAUGGGAAGCGGAAACCAGUUGAUAUGGGUGGACUGGUGUGAAAGUCAACACAACAGUGUCGUAUAACAAUCCUAAUAGACUGGAUUCCUCUCCUUCAUGUGCCAUACCAGUACUUACAGUAUUGAAACCUGUAUUUCACUUGGGGCAAAAUACAAAAAAAAAAAAAAACUUGACUGCAGAAAUGUUCGCACACCGAGUGUGCGUUUGUGCGUGCGUGUGUGUGCUUGCGUGUGUGUGCGCUUGCGUGCGUGCGUGUGUGUGUGUGUGUGUGCGGGUGUCCAUGUACAUGUGUGUCUCAACAAAGCUUUAUCCAUUCUCGGCGUCGAGUAUUCAGCUCUCAUGUGGCCUGUGGGGCGUCGUAGAUCUAAAGGGCGCUGCAAACUACACUAUGGGAUUGUUUUAUUUUAUAUAUAUCAUUCUUUUUUAUUUGAGAUUGGUACACUGAAGCUGACUCAUGUCUCAUAGCAGUGGGCUGCCGGAGCAGAGUGUAGAGAUCUGUCUGAGUCUGAACAUGACUGACCCAGCGUGAGAGGCCUCAAAGGGCAUACCUGGCGGGCCAGGUUUCCACUAGGAACGAGUGAGGACCAGGAGGGAACGCUUUAUUGUUUGACGCAUUUGUUUUUCUUCUCGUUUAAAAAAAAAGGGUAUUACAAAAAAAGAACGACAUGCAAAGCUUUACUUUUGUCACGGUCUCCAUGUAUUUUUUUGGUUGUAUCUUAACAAAUAUAUAAACAUUUCAUUCAAACCUAUUUGUGUAUCUUCACUAGAUUCAUCUCCGAUUUUUGUAUGCUCAUGUUUCAGUUUCAUUUCUGCUGCCACGCUGUUUCACCAACGCCUACAGACUCUGUUAUGCAAUCCUGCUUCAGCAGAGUGGCAGUGUGGCCCACGGAGAAGAAACAAAACACAAUAACACCGUCUUCUUCUUUAUCCAAUCCCAAGGGUUCCCUGGGCCCACUUUCCUCCUUUUCAUCCGUUGCUGUUCUCUCUUGUACUGGAAUAAGAGCUCAGCUUAUAUUGAGCUACUGAUAUUGCUCGUAAUGCAAUACUGAUAUUAAUAAUACUAAUAAUGGUUUAUUUAAUCGGGAUAUACCGAGGGGUGAUGAGGGGUUUUACUACCGUCUGUUUCUAUUUUAUGUUUGUCUGGCUGCAAUCACAUAAUCCUGACGACCCUGCAAAUGGGAACCUUUUGUUUCCCACAAGCCUGUUAAGGGGUUCCAUUCCAGCUUUGCGUGUAUCGUUAUCAGUCUGUAAAGGUUUCCCUUCGCUCUGUGAACAGGCAGCAUUUAUCUUCCCAAGAGAAGCAAUGCUCUACAGAAGCUCUAGCCUACAGCUCUGCUGUGCAAUGCUGUUUUCAUAUCUGACGGGCACAGUGGCGCAGACGUGCAGCGACGGUCACAAAGAAAGUUCACUUUCCAUAGCCUGCCCUAAUAUCUUACUUUUAAAAUGUAUGCAAAAGCUUAUCCAGUAAUCAAACCUAUUUGCAUAUUUAUUUCAUAUUAACCAGAUAAAAGGUGUUGCCAAAAUGGAGACUGGAGCUCACCAUCUAGGAAAAAGGGAGUUACUUAAUAUUUUACACGGUCGUUCCUCGGGGCUGAUGACAGCUGUCACCCGAGGUGUUCGAUAGUGAAAGAAUGUCGCAUGAACUUUUGAUUCCCCUGACGCGUGCAGUGGAUGCCACUGCCUGGCGUGGAUGCCACUGCCUGGCGUGGCAAUCUGUGAAGGGUUAAUGCCAAUAUAGGUGAAGUGCUUUCAGUGGCGGCUGGCGAUGAAACAUGUUGGUGGGGCACAGUAAUAGACAGGGGGUCUGAGGU